GCGGACAUGGCGGACGCGGCGGACGGCUCCGUCAGGUGAAGCAGAGGACGGUGGAGGAGCGUUGGACCUCUCGGGUAGGACCUGACCCCCCCCAUGGCCCCCCCGCAGCCCGCCGCGCUGCUCGACGUGGCCCUCAGGGUCCCCUGCGUGUUCCUCAUCGACGCCAUCUUCAACUCUCACCAACCACCAGGGCCAGACACAGACACAGGCACAGGGACAGGGCGGACAGGGCCCGGCACGGCCUGGACCGGCCCCGCAGGCCCGCUGCUGGCCAGGGCCACGGGUGUCCUGGUCUCCAGCAUGGUGCUGCUGCUCUCCCAGAAGGCCCUGUUCAAGUUCUACACCCUCUUCUUCGCCGUUCUCCUCGGCAUGGCGGCGGUGCUCAUCAACUACUACGCCACCUCCCACAUAGACUUCUACAGCGCCUACUACAAAGCGGCGCUGGGGUUCAGGCUGCUGCCCAGGAACGGGCCGACGCUGUGGCUCGGCGUGGCCGCGGUCCAGCUCGUCUUCGGCGUGGGCUACGUUGCUCUGCUCAACCUCCAGUCGGUGUUCGCCGCGCUGGUGGUCCUGGACAUCAUGAUCCCUCUGUGGGGGCUGAUGAUCGAGCUGCCCGCCGACGUCCGGCAGAUGGUGGCCGUGUUCUCGGGCCUGGCGCUGGCCCUCAACACGGCCGUCUGCCUGGCCAUGAGGCUCAAGUGGUUUUACUACUCGUGCCGGUACGUCUACCUGCUCGUGCGGCACAUGUACCGGAUCUACGGGCUUCAGCUGCUGCUUGAGGACACCUGGAAGAGGAUCAGGUUCCCCGACGUGCUGCGGGUGUUCUGGUUGACCCGGGUCACCGCCCAGGCGCUGAUCCUGGUCUACGUGGUGCGUGCGGUGAGGAGGGAGAGCGGAGAUGCCACGGGCGGCGCCACAGACGGGAGCGCCGACUCACAGGGCUACCUGCUGAGCUGGGACGUGUUCUGGGAUCUGACCAGUAACCUGAUCAUCUCCGGCUGUGACUCCACGCUCACCGUGCUGGGGAUGAGCGCCGUCAUCUCCUCUGUGGCUCACUACCUCGGCCUCAGCAUCCUGGCCUUCAUCGGUUCUACGGAGGAGGAGGACAAGCGUUUAGGCUUCGUGGCUCCGGUUCUGUUCUUCAUCCUGGCUCUGCAGACCGGCCUCAGCAGCCUGGACCCUGAGGAACGCCUGGUCCGCCUGAGCCGGAACAUGUGUCUUCUGCUGACGGCCAUCCUGCACUUUGUCCACGGCAUGACGGACCCGGUCCUCAUGUCCCUGAGCGCCUCGCACGUCUCCUCUGUGCGCCGCCACGUCCCCGUCCUGCUGGUGUCCAUGGCGCUCUUCGUGCUCCCCGUGGCGCUCAGCUACGCCCUCUGGCACCACUACGCCCUCAACACCUGGCUCUUCGCCGUCACCGCCUUCUGUGUGGAGCUCUGCCUCAAGGUGGUGGUGUCGCUGACGGUCUACGGCCUCUUCAUGGUGGACGGCUUCUCCAACGUCCUGUGGGAGAAGCUGGACGACUACGUCUACUACGUGCGCUCCACGGGCAACAUCAUCGAGUUCCUGUUCGGCGUCAUCAUGUUCGGGAACGGCGCCUACACCAUGAUGUUCGAGUCGGGCAGCAAGAUCCGCGCCUGCAUGAUGUGCCUGCACGCCUACUUCAACAUCUACCUGCAGGCCAAGAACGGCUGGAAGACCUUCAUCAACCGCCGCACGGCCGUCAAGAAGAUCAACUCGCUGCCGGAGAUGCGCGGCGACCAGCUGCGGGACAUCGAGGACGUGUGCGCCAUCUGUUACCAGGAGUUCGCCACCUCGGCGCGCAUCACGCCCUGCCACCACUACUUCCACGCGCUGUGUUUGAGGAAGUGGCUCUACAUCCAGGACACGUGCCCCAUGUGCCAUCAGAGGGUCUACGUGGAGGACGAGAGCCGGGACAGAGCCGCCUUUUCGAAUAACAGGGGGUACGCGGCGCCGCAGGACGUCGCCGCCGGACCCGCCCGCUCCGGGGAGGAGCAGCACGGACAGCCGGACGCCGAGCCGCCGGGCGACGGAGCGGCGGCCGGCGCCCAGGCCGCGGGGGCGGGGGAGCUCGACAACGAGCUGCUGGAGGACAACGACAGCAUAGAGUACGACGAGGACGAGUGGACUCAACACGGCAGCUCGCCAGUAGAAGAAGACUAUAUCAACGAUGACACAGACUCCACCGAGGACUGACAGCAAGAGAUCUAUAGAAGAGAAAUAUACAUAUAUCUUUAUUAUAUUUAAGUUAAUAAUAAUUAUAAAAACACAACAGCAUCUUAAUUUGUUCUUGAAAAAUGUCAGGGAUGUCAUUCUCCUUUUUUUUUUUCUCUUAUUGGUUUCUUUUUGUUUGAUUUUUGAGUUUUACUCUAAAAAGGGCUUGAGGAAAGAGUAACUGCUGCUCUCAUUCUGUGUGUGUGUGUGUGUGCGCAUGUGUGUGUGUGUGCAUGUGUGUGUGUGUGUGCAUGUGUGUGUGUGUGCAUGCCGCGGCUGCAAUAUGUAGACCAAAAACUCAUACCGUUAUUUUAUUUUAGAACCAUUUUAAUAAACAUAAAUUAUUGGAGAUCCUGAGACAAAUAUUGCAACACAGUCGUCUCUACACGUUUAUUAUUUUCCAAAAGAGGAUCACAUGACUCUUCCAACAUACAUAUAUAUAAAUAAACAUAUAUAUAUAUAUAUGUAUAUUUAGACAUAUAUAUAUUUAUAUAUAUAUAUGUGAGCACGCUGUGGAAAUCCAGCUUUGCUCCAGAAGAGAAGAAGCAACACUUCGGUCACAUCAUGACUCUGUUUUGUUUUUGUCAGCAGCCCCAAUGAGCAUUCGUGUGUGUGUGUGUGUGUGUGUGUCUCUGUGUGUGUGUGUGUGUGUGUGCCUGCCGACAUGUAAUGUGCUUAGGCGGCGUCUUGGAGAUGCAGUUCAUGCUCCCCAGCAGUGUGUGUGUGUGUGUUCAGGGGGAAACGCUGGAGUGUGUUAGUUCAUUAACGACAAAAACUGUGGAGCGACUAAACUGAUUCGAGCUUCAGUCAACGUGCAGGUCAGGUCCUGAGAAGGUUCAGAGCGCAAAAUUUGAUUGUUUCCGUUUUAAAACCUGCUGUUUAUUAAUUUCUCCAGCUGUUUAUUUUUUGCCAAAUGUGAUUGGUUAACAGUGUCAGGGGUGUAUUUUUUCUUUCACGUGUCUCAUUUGCUCUUCAUACGUUUGCGUGGAGUUCUCUCAAAUCCUGACUUGGCAGAUUGAUCACAGCUCGAGUUUUAUCGCACGCAUGCUCAGCGUUUUCGUCCUUAACCGACCUACUAAGCGACUUUGUGAACGUGACCAGAGAGAGAUCGAAGGCAGGAGAGUGAAGCAGUUUUCUAUCGACUCUGACGCCGACCAGAGAAACACUGAGAGGUGUGAUUUAAAAGAAAAGAAGAAGUGACUCUACUACUGUAAUCACUGAAAUACCUCUAUCGUUACUUACUACUGGUCUCUUGUGUGACCUCGCUUACAUUUUGUGUACGUUAUUGUACAUGUAAUAAAACAAACGUGCAAACUUUCUCAAUUAGGAUAAGAGAAGAGGUUCUGUUCUUUUAAUAAUGCAAGUUUCCAUAUUUCUCCUCACAUGAAUCAGUAUUUAGUUCAGUUACACUCUUGAUCCAGAAAUGACUGUCUGUCAUAACAGCGCUCGUAUUCCAAAAAACAACUAAUGUAUUAGGUGGAAUGAUUAUUUCUCUAAAUGUCACAGAAACACAGCAUGAAAAGGUGCCACUUGUUUUGUCUACUAAGAGUAGAAAAAAGUACCAUGAGUUGUUUUGUUUUUUGUGUCGGUUAUUAGUCAUAGUGUAAGAGAUGAUUUUGGCUCGUAUCAUUCAGUAAAUGCACCUUUUUGAUGUUUCUAAUCACUGGUCCAGACAGGAACUCUCUCCUUCUGUUUAACAAACCAGCUUUCUGAAGGCUCAAACUCUGCUUCUAGUAUCAGGGUUCCUCUGCAGAUCUGGACCAGAUCAUUCAAUAAGAACAAAAUCUAACCGAGCUGCAGAAAACUAUGGAAAUUGGAGACAUUUACGAGUACCUGAAGUUGCAAAAACACUGUCAUUCCACGCAAUUUGUGGUAUUUAUUGAGCUCAAGAAGCAGUUUCUCAGUCGCGUUCCUACUAAACACUGAUCCUUAAACUACUGGAACAAAAGGAACACCCAGAAAUCCUUUAGGAGCCAUGUUUUCACUUUUAUUUUAUUUUAUUUAAAGACCGUACAGCUCGGCUUAUACAGAUCGCUCCGUGACCACAGAGGUCUUCAUCGUGAAUUUGUAUUAAAGCGCUUUCAAGCACAACAACUCCCGAGUAUUACACUGUUUAGACUUCCACAGCCUGAACGUCUUAAGGGUUUGACUACAAACUCCUGUUCAUUACUGUUGUAAUUGCUGGUCGCAGAAAAUAAGCUGCAAGGAAUCCAUGAAGUUCUUGUUGUGGAUGAGAAAAAAAAAGAGACGGGGGUCUGAUUCUUUUGAUUAGAAAGCUGUGCUUUUUGACACGAUUUUCAGCAAUGAAGGACUUUUGAUUAUUGGUUUGAUUGUUCUGGGAGCUUUUUAAAAAGGUAAAAGCUGUUAAUUUUUGCCUUUUGUUUUAAAAAGAGAUUUAUGUAAAUA